AUGGCAUAUAUUUGUAGUGAAUGUCGUACACCUUUACGCUCAAUAAGUGCACUUUGUAUUCACUUGCAAAUAUUUCAUUCUUUCAAUGCUCUUAGCAUUUACAUUUGUUCCCAAGACGGUUGUAAUAGAGAGUAUGACUCUGUCAAAUCCUUCAAGAAACAUUUAAGAAAAAAACAUCCUAUCGAACAACCAUACCAAAAUGUCCAGCUAGCUGAGAAUGUUAUCGAAAUGAAUCGUGAUAAUGUAGAUGGUAACCCUGCGAUACUUAUAAAUGAAAAUGUACCUAAUAACUUACAAGGGAACAAUGUGGACAUCAAGCAAUUUCAUGAAAUAACUGUCUUAAAUUUUCAAAACAUUUUAUUUCAAUCAUCUUUGGCCCUUGUUGCCAAGUUAUAUAAUAACGUUACUCUUAAUCGAACUCAGGUGCAAAAUAUUUUUGAUUAUUUUAAAAACUUCGCUUCAAGUAGUUUCCUAGAAGUGUUAAAAGAUAAAACUCUCACUGUACUUAGGGAUAACAAUGUACCUCAGGACGAGAUAGAGAAUUUAGAUGCUAUGUUUGCUGCAAUACACCACAUGUUUUCAGGUUUUGAAACUGAGACUCAACGAAUAAGUGCUUUACAACAGAGUUUUUGUUAUGUACGUCCCACCUCUUAUGUUAUAGGUGUGAAUGAGAAAAUAAAAAAAGAAAAAGGUAAUAUGGUUUUGACACCAGUUGAACUGACUGGUCAGUUUGUUUCCAUAAAACGCACAUUAAAAUAUUUUUUGGAAUUGCCUGGUGUCUUUAAUACUAUAAUGAGUAAUAUUGAAAAUCUUAAAAAUUCUGAGUCCUAUACAAAUGUUAUACAAAGUCCACUGUUGAAAAAAAUAGAGCGAAAUCAUUUUAGAAAUCAUAUUGUUUUGCCUCUAGAUAUAUAUUUUGAUGAUGUGGAACCUGACAAACAAGCAGGUUCCCAUUUAGGUGACCACAGUUUGGGAGUAAUAUAUUAUCGCAUUCCAUGUAUCCCACAACAUUUGCUUUCCUUAUUGGAAAAUAUUUUUCUUGCGUGUGUUUUUUUAAGUGAUCAUAGGAAUGGUCAUAACAGAGAAGUAUUCGCACCUAUCAUUAAUGAACUGCGAGAUCUAGAAACGAAUGGUAUUGUCAUUCAAACUGAUUCAGAAUACACGAUUUAUUUUGCCUUGUGUCAAAUUCUUGGAGAUAAUUUAGGGCAACAUGUCGUGACUGGCUUUGUAGAAUCAUUUAAUGCAGAUUAUUACUGCAGGUUUUGUAAGGAGCAUAAAAGUAUUAUGAGGAGGCAAUUGAGAGAGAAUAUUUUGGUAUUUCGCAAUAGAAUAAAUUAUGAAGACGAUGUAUUAACUAAUAAUGUUUCUCAAAUAGGAAUCAAGACUCGUUGUAUAUGGCAUGUUCUGAAUUCUUAUCAUGUUACUGAAAAUCUUGAGUGCGAUAUAAUGCAUGAUUUGUUUGAAGGAGUGUGCCAUUAUGAUUUAUGUCCUAUACUAGACUACCUUAUCAAUCAUAUGGGAUUUUUCAACCUUGAAACUCUCAAUGAUCGCAUUCAGAACUUUGAUUAUGGCGAUUCAGGUGACAAGUCCACACUUAUUACUGUAGAUCAUAUUCGUAAUCAAAAAUUAAAAAUGUCUGCAUCUGAAAUGAUGUUUUUUGUACGCCACUUUGGUUUAAUAAUUGGGGAUUUGGUGCCAGAGGAUGAUGAAGUUUGGAGACUUUAUGUAGUUUUUACUGAAAUACUAGACAUUGUAACAGCUCCAUAUGUAAGACAGCAGUUAACCGAGUAUCUUUCAACUUUAAUUGCUGAGCAUCAUGAGAUGUAUUGUAUACUUUUUGGUAAAACCUUGAAAUCUAAACAUCAUUUCAUGGUGCACUAUCCCCGUAUCAUGAAUUUAAUAGGACCAAUUAUACAUAUUUGGUCAAUGAGACUAGAAGGGAAGCAUCGCUCUGUAAUAAAGAAAGUAGCGAACAAUAUGAGUUGCCGUAAAAAUCUACCUCUUUCAAUUGCAAAAAGAUAUGCACUUACUUGUUGUGCAAGAUUCCUAACUAGGCGAGGCUUUACAAAUGAUGUUAAAUAUCAUCCAAAAGAACGUAGACUAGUAAAUUGUGAGAACUUCGAAAUGUUUCAAAAUAUUUUAUUUAACGGAUUGGAACAGUCACUUGCAGUUGAAGAAGCAGUUAUUUGUGGUACCUGUUAUAAAUCUAACAUGAUCCUUGUUAUAAAUUAUGAGGAAAACUUACCUAUCUUUGGAAAGUUGUGUUGGAUAGUGAGACCACAAAAUAUGCAAGAGCUGUAUCCCUUCUUCCUUUUGUCAGGGUUACAAACCGUUGGUUUUAAUGAACACUUACAUUCCUAUAAAAUUAAGUCUACUCCAGAGUGGUUUUUAAUUGAAUACAGAUCUGAUUGA